CAUGAUCUCCAAAAGUACUCUGAUUCGACCAGGAAAUCCAUCCGUUUACCAGCUGAGGCCAAAAAAGGAAAUAUCUGCAAAGCUGACAAAACUGACAGUUGGUGAAAAAGAUGGAUGCAAGAGACAUAAAACAAUCCUAUUGGUUGGUGAAACAGGAGCAGGAAAAUCCACUUUCAUCAAUGCGCUGGUCAAUUUCACCAUGGGAGUGAAGUUUCAGGAUGAGGUUUGGCUUCAAAUCGUGGAGGAGGUGGACCAUGAAACAUCUGAAGUGACUGUCUAUGAAAUAUUUGGUUUUGAAGGUAAAGCCAUGCCCUACUCUUUGAGCAUUAUCGAUACUCCAGGAUUUGGAAGCACCAGAGGGAUAGAACAUGAUGUUAACAUCAGUCAGCGGUUAUUUGACUUGUUUCAAUCAGUGGAUGGUGUUCAUGCAAUUCAUGGAGUGGGUCUGGUAAUGAAAGCAAGCGAUAAUCGUCUCAGUGACCGACUGAUGUAUAUCUUGAAUUCCAUCAUGUCGCUUUUUGGAAAAAACAUAGAAGACAACAUCGUAGCGCUCAUCACUCACUCAAUGGAAGACACAAUGAACGUCAUUCAAGCUCUUGAAGUUUCAACCAUUAAGUGUGCCAAAGAUGAGAAGAAGCAGCCUGUCUACUUCUUGUUUAAUAACUGUCAGAGCGAAGACCGGGACGAAGUCGCAGAAUACCUGGAAGGGGCCAACAAGAUAACAGAGAAAGGACUGACAGAGUUCACUGCCUUUCUGGAAAAGGCGCGACCUCAAAAUGUGAAGGCAACUGCUGUUGUUAUAAAGGAACGCAGCGAACUGACAGCCUGCAUUCAAAAUCUGCAGCAAAGAAUAAUUGAAACUGAACACAAACAGGAGCAAAUCAGACAGAUUCAACGUGACCUGAUGAAAUAUAAGAAAGAGAUGAAAGAGAAUGAAAAUUUUACUAUAGAAAUAGAGGAGUCCUACAAAGUCAAAGAACCUAUAAAUGCCAGAAACUGGUUUAAAGGUGGUUCUUUUGAAGGAGCAAUGUGCUGUACUCGCUGUGAGGAGAACUGUCACUAUCCUGGAUGCAAACUGGCCCCAAGUCCUGCCUUCUGUGAUGUCAUCAAAGAUGGCCACUGCAUCGUUUGUAGUGGAAGUGUCCCACAUCUGAUCAUGUGAAAGAAAAUUGGAGAUAUGUGACCAAGACAAGAAAUGUUAAGGUGACUCUGAAAGAAAUCAAGCAAAAGUAUGAAAACAGUAAAACUGAAAGAGAGAAAAACUUGAGUUACUUAGAAGGUCUGGAGACAAAAAUUAAACAUCUGACUGCAAAGAAAGAUGAGCUGCUGGAUGAGUCCUACAAGCAUGUGGUCAAACUAGAGAAGAUUGCUCUGAAAGUUGAUUCAGCAUCUACUUUAGUCCAGCUGGACUUUCUGAUUGAGAAGAUGAAAGAGAAAGGAGACAGGAAAGUCCAGAAACUAGAACGAAUUAAAAGAAACAUGGAUGAAGGAAGCAGAGCAGCUUUGCAAUACCAGCAUGUUGCAGAGAAUCAGCUGGAGACGCAACAAUAAAGUCAUUAUUCUGACUUCACUGAUUAAAUCUUUGAUGUUACUUUUUUCAUGUAAUACAAAAUAAAUUUAUCAUCAAACAAAGAGUGGAGGAGGGAAAAUCUUGCUCAUUGCUACAUAAUUCC